GUCUGCCCCAGGAGCGAGCUCACUCCAGGCUGAGCCGCAGGCCGGGAAGGCGAGGCACAGCCGCCACGAGCCGCCCCUCGCGCCCUUGCUUGGCGGGCACCAUUCUGCGGCCAGAUGCUGGCUGGGCGCGCCGUCGCCUUGCUCUGCCUGACCUGGGGCGCCUACCAGAGCCUGGCCGUCCCCAGGGUCACGGAAUGCAGCCUCUCCUGUUCCCAGGGCUUCGCCUGCAAGAGCCAUGUGAACCAAAAUAUUUUCAACAGCUUCUGCCGGCAACCCCCAGCACCCAUGCCCAGGUCCGUCUUGGGGGCCCUGGCGCUCUCCACUGCCAUGAAGUGCUCCUCGCCCGACAGCUGCUCCCUGCUCCUGCGUGUCAAUGCCUCCCUCACGCUGCACGAGAGUCUGCAGGGCCUGGAGGCCUGCUCCACGAGCCUGGACACCCAGGAGACGCAGUGCCAGGCUGUGCGGGUCUCCAGGGCCUCCCGCCGGCAGGCAGGGCAGCAGCUCCAGGUGCACUUUGACUGCUUCGAGGUGGGCGUGGCCCAGACCCUCUACGUCACCCUGAGGACUGUCCCCCACUUCUGCGGGGUCCAGCUGGGCCAGCAAUACCACAUGGAAGACUGCAGAGAUGAGGACGUGGGGAAGAAUGUGCCUGACUGCUUCGCUGAGAAGCUCUCCUACUGGGUGGACCGCAACCGCAAGGUCGUUCUAGUACAGGUGCCGGAGUCUGGGGGCCCUGACUACUACGCGCGGCUCUGUCUGAAGCGGUUCACCUGCGAGGACGCGGGCACCCCAGUGCUGGUAACAGGGAACAGUAUCUCCCGGAGGGUCUCUCUGCCCUACAGCCAAGAGUUGUCGUGCCUGUGCCUUGAGGUCUGGUCGGCGACCCCCGACGCGGUGCGAAUCCAAACCUGCCCCUUCAAAGAUGACACGGAGAGCCUCUGGGACGCCAUCCACUACCAGCCGGGGAGCCAGGUGCUGAGCUGGGAGCCCGCCUGCCCCAUGAGAGGCCGUGUGAGUCUGUGCUGGCGGCCAGGGCCAGGGGCCCACUGCCUCGAGCUGAAGCACUCAGGCCGGCCGGCCCGCGGCAAGGUGCAGUACCCGCUCGUGGACACGCAGCCCCAGCUCUGCCUGAAGUUCUCCACGAGCCUGGGUUUCCAAGUGAGGUGCCCUUUCAAGCAGCCGCGCUUCCCAGCCUGGAAGAUGACCGUCCAGCCCGCACCCGCUCCGGGCCGCCUCCGGGUGGCCUUCUUCUCGUCCAGCCCCGCCCGCUUCCAGGUGUGCCUGUGUCACCAGGGAAAGACGUGGCCCCCCCACUGCCGUCGACUGCUCCAGGCCACCCCCGUCCCUGCGGCCUCUGUGAGCCAGGGUGACCCCACAGAGGACCCUGCAGUGGCCUUUGUGGACAUUCCCAGGGACGAGGCCUGCGCACCCAGCACCUGCAUCCAGGGCAGGAGGACCGAUGUCCAGUUCUCCGCUCCCCAGCAGCUCUGCAACUUCCAGUGCGCUGCCACCCAGGGGACAGCAGCCUGAGGCCAAGUGUCUCACCAAGAAGACGUGGGUGCCAAGCCCGACUGCAGGCAUGCGGCAAAGGGCCAGCUCACGUCUGGACAGUCCAGGCCUCUGUUGCGAAGGCUAGGCCUCAGGGCAUGCAGUGGCCCCAGACUGGGGGUCUGUGUACCUCUCGGGUCUCCAAAGGUCUGCAGCUCCUUGGGCCCUUGGGCCAUGCGGGGACUUUGAGUCAGAGGAAGGCCUUCCAGCCCCUCCUGAACCCUGAGUGGGGCCAACAGAAUGGCUCCAUGGGUAGCCCCUUCCUCAGAUGGCCCAGCCCCUGACGCACCCAUCUCAGCCUGGUGCAGGCUCCCUCUGGACCACCUGGGGUCAGGGCCAGCAUCCCUGGCCCUGAGCAAGAGGUUCUCUGGAGUGCAGGGUGUGACCCCACCCUUCCUGGAGCUGACCAGGUCUGGGGGGCCAGGAAACCCAUACACGGGCUGGGGUCCACACCCUGGGUGCCCCCGGGGGCCCAGAAUAGGCCUUCACCAGCCCCCACCCUUCAAAGACUCUGCUAAGAACCUGAGUGCCCACCACCUGAGCACCCACCCUGCACCCAUGCCCCCAGAGCUCGGACCACCUUCCACUCCCCAGGCCCCCAGCCAGGACAGUGCGGUGAGGGUCGGCCCCUCCGCUGGCCUCAGGGGCCACCUGCCAGGACGAGCCAUUCUCAGACAUGUUGCAUCCCUGAGGUCAUCACGUGCCGUCAUUGCUCAAGAGCCACAGGGGCCCCUUGGCCCUGCAGCGGCAUUUCUGUGGGGUCGCCCAGCAGUCAGCCGGCUGGGCCUGCCCUCACGGGACCCUCCUGCCAGCUCAUAAGGACCACGGGGCCGCCCCGCCGGGCUGCUGUCUGGAGUCACCUUCACCUGACCAGGGGCCGGGCCCCGCCCCUGGGCCUAAGCAGGGCUGUGUCUGCGCAUGCGCACCUGCCUCCAGGCCCCUGGGUCUACGCUCGGCUGUGUCUCCGCAUGCGCACCUACCUCCAGGCCCGGUCUGGGCUGUGCCUCAUUAGCUGUGCAGGCCGCUGGACGUCUCGUCAUCGCUCCCUUAGUGCGAGCUGCUGCCCCCAGCCGACGGAGAGGGGUUGGCAGAGCCCACGUGCCCCCUCGCUCAGAAACUUCUCUGCCUGGCUCGCUGCUUCCCUUGAGGACAGGGAAGGGGUCGGCAGGGCCAGGGAGCCCUCGUGGGGACUGGGGGACCACGGGGCCGCGUGUCCCCCCUGAAGCGGGAUGGAGGAUGUGCUGCAGCCGAACCCCACCCCUCGGCCAGGCCUGGCCCCUGGCAGGCCAGUGGGCUGUGCUCUGGGCUCACGCAAGUGCUCCUGCUGUUCUCUGGAGACCCCUGUCCACCCCAAGUGCCCCCUCUCCAUCAAGGCACAGAGGGAGGUGGGGACCAAGGUCCCCACACCACAAGUUCCGGCUUCUCAUGCCUGGCCCACCUCGGGGUCCCUGCCUGUACACAGCAACUGCGGCCUUGACCCAGGGCCUCCCUCGGAAGGAAUCCUUGACCUCCUGGAGGAGGUGGGAGAGGUGGGUUGGCUGGCGGGGUUGGGGGGGGCGGGUGCUGGGAACUGACCAGAUGCAGGGUCCCUCACGACUUCACAGCAGCCCUGGCCAUCCCAGAUGGGGGAACCAGAAGCCCAGACAAGGGGAAUGACUUCCCUCCUCUCCAGGACUAAGAAACUGCCUGGCCACAGGGCUGAGGUGGGGAGGGGUGCUCCAGGGUCCCCGCUGCCCCGCUGUCCAGUAUGUGCUACCCCCGCACGGUGGUGGCACUCAGCGCAGGGCUCUGAGCUGGGCUCUCCUCACGCCCCCGGAGCCCGACAGGCCUGCUGCCGUGGCCAGUGAGAGGCCCCUCCUUCAGCAGGACCUCCCCUCCCCAGCCUGGCCACACCUCUGCAGGAGAGUACCGAUGCACUCAGGCCCCAGGGCCAGGGAUGACGGGUUCCCUCCUCCCCCCCCCCGCCAGAGCUCACAGGUAAACCGGGUCUGUGUGCCUCAUCCGUUCACCCCCUCGUUCCUCCAGCAGUCCCUGAGCACCUGCUGGGCGCCGCCCUGUCCCAGCACUGGGAGCACACAACACCGGCCCUGGGGCUGGGGGCCACGUCUGGUCUGCCCUGAGCUGGUCAGGGAUUCUCAGCCCUAAACCCGGGGCAAACAGAGCCAUCAGUCACCUACCUGGAGCUGACCUCUGCAUGGGGAAGACAGCUCACACACAGCUUAUAUGAGUGCCCAGUGUGAGAAGAUGGAGGCCGAGAAAGCAAACAGGAAGUGUGUGUGUGGGAGGGUGCCAUUUAGAGCAGGGUGGUCCCCAGUAUGACCAAAGAAAUGGGCAAUACCUCGAAGUUGCUAGGAUUCAACGUGCUUGGUGGUUCGAGGGGGUCCUGGUUUGCAGGAACGGUAACUUGUGUAGAGGGAGUGGGCUGCUGUCGUGAGCUGGGUUCUGCAGCGAGGAGUGUGGAGCAGCUUGUCCUUGCCUGCUCUCUGGUCCCCGGAGGUCAAGCCGAGGCCAGGGUUUGGGUGUCCAGCGGAGUCGCCAGAGGAAGGGGAGGCAGCUGAGCAGGCAGGGCUGGGCGCUGGGUCCUGGCAGCGGGGCUUCCUGACAGCACUGCCCAUGGUUCGGGGGCACCUCUCGGGCAGGUGUGCACCCACCCGCCAGCCCCCAGCAACAGGCGCCCCCUUCCCCCUCUUCUGGUCAGAACGGGAAGAGCAGUCGUUCCUGAAGAAACAUCAUGAGCACAGCUUCCAGUAAGAUUCUGAUUAAUUCUUUUAAAAUGGCUGUUUAUUACUUUGAGACGACUGACCCUUUUUUCCUAAAACUCUUCAUUUGCACGUUUAAACACAUUUUUCCACGUUUCGCUGGGUGCCACUGACACAACCUUGGCACGGGACAGAGGGUGGUGAGGCGGGUGUGAACACAGGCCCCAUUGGGGAGCGGGCUCCGGGCUGGACCCCCUGGCCAGAGGAUGCAGCGUCUGGGCGCGGGGUGUGCGGGAAGGGGCUGGGGGUGCGCGGGAGAUUGGGAGGUGCGAGGACCCUCCGAGCUAGAACGCGGGUUGAGGGGAGGUGGGACCUGGGAGACGCCAAGGACUGGAUGACUGCUGCGGGGAGGGGACACUGGGGGCUCGUCUGGCCCUAGGGCGUGUGCGCAGCUGUGACCCCUGGGGAGGGCGUGUGCCCAGCCCUUGGGAAAGAGGCGCUGGGGUGACGCAGCUCACCGGGUGGGCGCACCUGCCUCUCCAACGGGAAGUGGCACCUGGCGCCUUGGGCGAGAGGCCCCUGCAGCUCCGACCAGCGCGGUCGCCCACGGCGCUCCCAGCCCUCGAGCCCCAGAAGCGUCUGGGGCUCAGCCGCGGGGCGGACCAGGGGUGGGGUGCAGAGCCGGCCGCCACUGAUCCCCCCAACCUCAAGUUCCGGUUUCCGCCGGGUCCCUCAUUGGAGGGUCGGGUUCCCCCGGGGGUGGGGGGUGCGCUG